AUGACCGCAGAGGAAGAGCGCCAAGCCGCCCUCAACUCGUACCGGGCGAGGCUUCUCGAGUCUCGAGAGUGGGAGGCUAAGCUCAAGAGCCUACGCCUGGAGAUUAAGGAUAUGCAAAGGGAGUUUGACAGGACCGAGGACAACAUCAAGGCACUUCAGAGCGUGGGACAGAUUAUUGGCGAGGUCCUAAAACAGCUCGACGAUGAACGAUUCAUCGUCAAGGCUUCCUCCGGACCACGAUAUGUCGUCGGCUGCAGAUCAAAGGUCGACAAGGUGAAGCUGAAGCAAGGUACCCGUGUUGCCCUUGAUAUGACGACACUCACGAUCAUGCGAAUGCUUCCCCGCGAGGUCGAUCCCCUGGUGUACAACAUGUCGUUGGAGGACCCCGGUCAAGUGAGCUUUGCCGGUAUCGGUGGACUGAACGAUCAGAUCCGAGAGCUGCGAGAGGUCAUUGAGCUUCCCCUCAAGAACCCCGAGUUGUUCUUGCGAGUAGGCAUCAAGCCUCCCAAGGGUGUCUUGCUCUAUGGACCUCCUGGAACAGGCAAGACUCUUCUGGCGCGAGCAGUCGCAAGCAGUCUGGAGACAAACUUCCUGAAAGUCGUCUCCUCUGCCAUUGUCGACAAGUACAUUGGUGAGUCGGCGCGACUCAUCCGCGAGAUGUUCGGAUAUGCCAAGGAGCACGAGCCCUGUAUCAUCUUCAUGGACGAGAUUGACGCCAUCGGUGGACGACGAUUCUCCGAGGGUACAAGUGCCGAUCGCGAAAUUCAGCGAACACUGAUGGAGCUGCUCAACCAGCUUGACGGUUUCGACUACCUGGGCAAGACCAAGAUCAUCAUGGCUACCAACAGACCCGACACACUGGACCCCGCUCUUCUCCGUGCUGGUCGUCUGGACCGAAAGAUUGAGAUUCCCCUGCCCAACGAGGUCGGGCGACUCGAGAUUCUCAAGAUUCACUCGCAAAGCGUCGUGGUUGAUGGUGACAUUGACUUUGAGAGCGUGGUCAAGAUGAGUGACGGACUGAACGGUGCUGACUUGCGAAACGUGGUUACUGAAGCUGGCCUGUUUGCCAUCAAGGAUUAUCGGGAAUCGAUCAACCAGGAUGACUUCAACAAGGCGGUUCGCAAGGUGGCCGAGGCCAAGAAGCUCGAGGGUAAGCUCGAGUAUCAGAAGCUGUAA